GCUCUUUCGGCGUGACCUAGGUAUCUAUCUAUUUCCCGGACGUUAGUUAGACCAUAGAGUACCCGAUGGAAAGGCGUAUAUAACAGUUGUGAACUGCUAUUCGCCGAUAUCAUCUGAUUUACAGUGGAUACUCUGGUGCUCCUGCUUUCUGUCCCGGCAUGGCGUGCUGCUUCCUGAGCUCCCUCCAGGCUCCCGUCCAGGCCGCCAUCCGUCCGGCCAUGUGGCUGCCCGGAAUCCGGAAUCUACACUCCCACAAGGAAACCUGGAAGUCUGACGCCACGGCUCCGGAUUGUCUGAAAAGUUUGCUGAACGCGCUGGAGAAGGCCAAGGUCGACAGUCCUUACUGGAGGAAACACAAGGUCAACAAGGUGGAUGAAGAACGUUACCGUGUACAGAUCUUCACGUACACCCGGGCGGAGUGGCUGGACGUGGUGGAGAUAGAGUUCCGGCCGGGACAGGCCGAGGGCGCAGAGGCAGAGGCUGCGUCUUUCUCCAGUGGCCUGUUCCCGACCCUGGUCCCGCUCUGCUUUCUCAUCAAUACGGUGCUUUUCUUCGUUCCCUUCCUCGACAAUGGCUACAACAAGAAGCGUUUGGAUGCGCUCCGAGAAGCCAUGGAUGUCCCCGUAGCAGUUUUUGACCAGUAGUAAAAUGUGCCACGAUA